AUGAAUGUUGAUAGUUUAUUUACUAACGCUUUUUGGGGCGAUAAAAAUGCAGGGUUCGAAACACUUACACAAAAUAUGAAAGUCGGGUUAAAAAAUACUACAGAAUUUUGCGACUUCCUUCGUGAACUUAAUACGAUGGAAGAAAGCUACGCUAAAGGUUUAACAAAACUAUCUAAACAGGCUUCUCUGUAUACCGCUUCCGGAAGCUUUAGAUUAUGGUGGUCGUUAUUUUCAGCAUACAUAGAAAAGUCAAUUUCUUUGCUUGGAUCUCUUGAAAGUGACCGUCUAAAUCUAUGGAAAGACGUUCAGAAGUAUCUGGACGAGCUGCAGAAGAAACAUCGAACUGCCAAAGAAGGCGAAACAAGUACUCAAGAAGUUGUUCAUUCCUUUCAGGUUGCCUCAGUACACUUACAAAAAGCCAAAGACCUCUAUCACACCCGAUUUAAAGAAUAUGAACGAGUUAGACUGAAUGAGACCCACUCUGUUAGGGAUAUGGAAAAGGCAGAGACUAAGCUGAAAAAGGCCCAGGACGAGUAUAAAUACUCUGUGGAGAAGUACAAUAACCUUCGGUUACAAUUUGUUGACAAAAUGCGUACAUCUUGUGAACACUUUGAGGAAAUGGAAAUUACUCAUCUGACUAGAAUGUGCGAAUUCUUUGGACGCUUCGUGGAAAUCCUCGUCCGAUCCCGGAGCGCACAAGUUACCCUUGCUAAAGAGUUUAACCAACGUCAAUUGGCCGAAGUCACUCCCAAAAACCUUAUUCUCAACAUGGUGGAGGAGCGUGGAACCGGUUCGAAAGAACCUCCGCCUGCUGAAUUCGAGGAUGUGGAAGUAGCUGCUGCUUUCAACAAUGAUCCCCCUAGGGUUGUCGGUGAAAGCGGCGGUGUGACUUCACAAUCUUCUACACCUUGUCCCCCCACGCAUUCAGCAUCGGAUUCUAACAGUCUUCGAGCUGCUUCUGCACUUCCUGCUUUCGGAAACCAAGAAAGUCCCAUGACCAACCACCAAGGAACAAUUGAUCCUUCUUGGCAGAGUUCUCUGAACGAGAUCAGUGGAACCCAUUCAACGGGGCCCAGCCGACGAGCAGGUAUUCUAUUUCAACGUCGGAAUCGCCAGAACUCGUCAGGUCUUGAAGCAGACAAUGCCAGUGUCAAUUCCAGUGGUAGUACUCCUGGUUCAUUUGCUCAAAAACUGGCUAAUGUUCGGAAUCUUGCUCGAAUACCUCGAAAAACUUCUAAUAGUCCUAAUGAAAUAACUUCGAAGGUGUUCCAGUCUUCGACUUUCAACCAUCCCAAGGUGGAUGAAGAGGGCUACAACAUUCGACCGGAGAAUCCUUGGGCUACUGGACAUUCUAGAUCUCCUUCCAGUUCGAGUAGCAGUGGAAGUAGCAGUCCGAGUGAAAAGACCUUCAAGGGUAUCAAGGUUAACAUUCGUCCUUUGGGUGAUCUGUCUCCUGGCGCCGUAGAGCCCAAUUUCCCCAAAACUGUUUCCAAUCUUCCUUCGCCAUUUGGCUCCAUCAAGUCACGAGAUUCCCGUCGACCUCACACCUCCGUAGAUAUCCCCUUCGCAUCUACCUCUACUACUACUGCUCCUCUUUCAUCAGAGGCACGAUCGAGUUCUGUAGCCACCGCUCCUCUAGUCCCCAUGUUACCUCCACCACCUGGUCAAGAUACGAUUUCCAGAAGACGGAAUGCACGGGGUCCAUUAAAAAGAGGAGAGGGUUCGCUAUGCUCUUUCGAAUCUUCCAUGCCCCCAAGCAUAGCAACUUCAGGAGAUGACGAACCUUUCAACCCCUUUGGUCUCCCCACGAGUGAUGAAGGCACCCCAACUCCCAACACGGCAAACAGUUGGGAUGCCAUUUUCAACAACAGUGAUGGCGGUGAACCCACUCCCAAGAUCCAAGAUAGCUGGGAAGCUGUCUUCAACCCUACUCAAAACGAUACCUCCCAUGAGACGUAUGAUCGAUUGAUUGACCUACAUGAUGAUACUCUGGAUAGUAAGAAUGCCGAGGAUGACACGCCUUUACCUGACCCCACUCCAUCUGAAAGCAAGGUUUGUCAUGCUCCACUUGCUGCUCUUGAGGACGAUGAUACUUCAACAGUGACAUCCCCGCAUUUUUCCCAAUUACCACCUCCGACCCUUCUACGCUUUUCGACGGAGCCUAGAGCCUUACCACCACCUCAACCCCCUCUUCCCAUCGCUAUCGCUUUGACAGAGACUUGGCGAGCCCAAUUUCCCAACGGGGGUGGAUCGUCAUUCACUAACUCGGAAAGACCUGCUCAAUCACUAUUUGGGCAGGUCACUCUGGCUGUAGCUAGAGAGGACCUGCGUCUACUGACCCAGAAAGCCAGUCUCAAGCCACUAGUGCUUAUCUUCUCUCGAGCGCAGAGAAUGAGGAAGGUUCAGGCUACGUUUAGUGGUGUCUCUGUGCAAUUGGAGGAUGGUGAGGAGACCCGAUACCGAGUGACAAUUCCGGGAGAUUUACUGUAUCACUACCUCGUUGAAACUCAAAGUGAAGCCGCAGAUGAGGAGUAUACUCGACUGUCUCUCUUGGACUAUACUAUUGAAUCCAAUGGUGUUCCACCCCCCAUCACAAUGUGCACGUUUUGGCGAUGCGAGAAGGAAAGUACUGAUUUUCGACUGGAUUAUUUCGUUCAAUGGCCAAAGUGGAAUGCUUCCUGUUCUUCUUCUGCUUCUUUGGGUAACGAUGAUACAGGCUCAUCGGAAAUUAGUUGCCAAGACUUGCGGGUGAAUUUGUUGGUUGAUGGCGACGUAACACGAAUGCAGAGUCGACCACUGGGUACAUGGAACAGUGAACAGGCACGUGCUUCCUGGAGUAUUCCACUUACUCAUACACCAGAAUCUCAACCUCAUCUACAUCCCGGUGUCGAUGUCUCCGGCAACAUUCGGGCAAAAUUCUUCCUUACUAACGGUCCCGGAACGCCUCAACCUGUAGCUUUGCAAUUCUGUCGUGAUGGAGGAUGUCUUCCCAGUGGAGCGCUACUUUCUCUCGGCUCAGAAUCCCUUUCCGGCGGCGUGGCUGGUGUUGGAUACCGUCUUACCAUGUGCAAGUAUCGUCUCCUAGGUGACCGGUAUUUUUGUGACCCACCAAUGCCUCUUGGGAGCAUGGCAAAGUGUCUUCCUCUUCUCUCACCUCCUAGUUCUAGGGCUCAGUCUUCCAAUUAG